AAGAAACCUAAUUCAGGAAAUACCAUACAAGAAACCAACGCACGCACGAAAAGUGUACGUAGAUCAAAUUACUCAGGCAGUGGAAAUAAAAGAGUCAUGAAGAUGGCAAUGUUGCAUUUCUCUUCAAACAUCUUCGCGUCAAGUGCUGGCAAGGCAACGUUUUUGAGGGAAUAUGGCUACUUCUGUUUUGAAAAUCCUGCUCAGCCUGAUCGUUCUCCUUUCUUUUCAUGGACUCAAAGUGGAUGCCAAAGUUGAGCGCUAUGCUUUCAAUAUCGUGGAAAACGGAGCAAGCUUUAAUGAGGAGGUGGAAGUUGAUGUGGACGAACAAAAAGAAGUGAUUCGAGUUCCUCAACACAACAGUGUGGGUGCAAUGGACGUUAUGAAUGAUUUUGAAGUGGGUUUGACAGUUCGUCGUGUUCCAUCAACUAAAGAUUGCUACGUGUCAAAGUUGGAUUCAUCUUUUCCUUCACCAGAAAAAUUGAGGCGCGACAUGGAUCAGGCGUCCAGGCAGUCCUUACCUGAUAAAGUGGAAAUUGGGAGAACUGUGUUGCAAGUGCUAGGUUUUGCAGACCGCUUGGCCUUACCUCAGAGGAUUCUGGAUUUCUGUGGCAAUUUUCCAAUCACCAGGGUUGAAGAAAUCUCGCUAGACUCCAUGAACACAACCAUGGUCCAGGAACAGGGUCAUGGACGUAGGAAGCGAAGCCAUUAUUGGUCGGACUGGAAAGGGUGCAGCAGUUCAGAGGCGAAAAUAAUGAACGAUUGCUUAGCCAGAUAUCAACCUUCCCAAAUUAAGUUACUCUGCAAAUACCAAACGACUACCUGCUAUUACUACGCUAGGUGCGCUCACAGGAGCGGCUUCAGUUUUGAUUACUACUGCAACUUAAUUGUCCACCGUUACAAUUACCAGGGCAUCUGUUGUACUCCUUCCUGCUGAUCAUGAGUUACGGGAUGCAGUUGUUGUUGUCCAAUCUUUUGAUUUAAGGGAGUCAUUUAUUAUAGUGCCUAUCUUUUGAUUUAAGAGAGCCAUUUGUUGUAGUUUCUGUCUUUUGAUUUAAGAGAGUCAUUUGUUAUAAUUUCUAUCUUUUGAUUUAAGAGAGUCAUUUGUUGUAGUGCCUAUCUUUUGAUUUAAGACAGUCAUUUGUUGCAAUUUCUAUCUUUUGAUUUAAGAGAGUCAUUUGUUGUAGUUUCUAUCUUCUGAUUUAAGAGAGUCAUUUGUUGUAGUUUCUAUCUUUUGAUUUAAGAGAGCCAUUUGUUGCAAUUUCUGUCUUUUGAUUUAAGAGAGUCAUUUGUUGUAGUUUCUAUUUUUUGAUUUAAGAGAGUCAUUUGUUGUAGUUUCUAUCUUUUGAUUUAAGAGAGUCAUUUGCUGUAGUUUCUUUCUUUUGAUUUAAGAGAGUCAUUUGUUGUAAUUUCUAUUUUUUGAUUUAAGAGAGUCAUCUGUUGUAGUUUCUAUCUUUCGAUUUAAGAGAGUCAUUUGUGGUGGUUUCUAUCUUUUGAGUUUAGAUAAUCAUUUGUUGUAGUUUCUGUCGUUUUAGGUCGUUUAGUACAAUACGAAAUAAAAAUCCUCAGUUACCAAAA